AUGCAUUUUUAUUCGAAUAGUCAAGUAGUGCUGGGCUACAUUACCAAUGAAACUCGUCGUUUCUACGUUUACGUUGGCAACAGGGUGAGCAGAAUAAGAAGUUCGAGCAACCCGGAUCAGUGGCACUAUGUCCCCACAGAUCAGAACCCCGCUGAUCUUGCAACUAGAGGACUGAAACCAUUCAUGCUUCGGGACAGUCUAUGGCUCAAAAGGCCAUCAUUCCUUUUUCAGGAAGGUCAAUCACAAAAGCAAGACUUCAACCUAAUCCAACCUGACAGUGACCAAGAAAUAAGACCAGAGGUGCAAAACCUGAAAGUCACGACUGCACCCACAACUGGGCUAGACACCAAACGAUUUGCUCGUUUCACAGAUUGGAGAACUCUUUUGACAGUCAUCCGUCUUAUUAAACAAGUACUAAGAAAUAUGUGCAGCAAAACAUCGAGUGACAGGAACCAGUGUAACCCCUUUGUUUCUAAUGAGGAAGCUGAACGAGUCUUCCUUCGAGAAGUACAAAAGGAGGCUUAUGGAAUUGAGAUAUCACUUAUUCAGGAUGGGAAACCACUUCCGAGGUACAGCACUCUACUUCCUCUACAUCCGGUUCUAGAUCAUAACGGAAUCUUGAGAGUAGGAGGACGCUUGAAGCACUGUGAAAUUUUCCAUCUCCUAAAGCAACCCGUUAUUAUUCCUAAGGGACAUCACAUCGCCACUCUUCUAGUGCAUCAUUUUCACAACAAAGUUGUUCACCAAGUUGAUACCUUCGGCCCAUGGGACAUUGUUUACCGUCGUACAAGAGGAGGAAAAGCAAAUCAAAAACGAGGAGCCCUGCUUUUUACUUGCCUGGUUACCCGAGCAGUUCACAUAGAGCUGAUAGAAGAACUCAGCAGUUCUUCGUUUAUAAAUGCACUUAGGCGUUUCAUAGCUAUCAGGGGACCUGUUCAACAGUUCAGAUCUGAUAGGGGCACCAACUUCAUUGGAGCGACACAGGACCUCUCUAUAACUGCUAAAUUUGCUGAGGAUGUGACUGUCAAGAAUUAUCUCUCUAACAACAAUGUCACAUGGCUUUUCAAUCCUCCCCAUGCAUAUCACAUGGGAGGUGCCUGGGAGCGCCUCAUUGGAGUAUCACAGAGGGUACUGAAUGCAAUGUUUCUUCAACAGCGCCACAAGGAUAUCUCUCAUGAGGUCUUGUCAACCUUUAUGGCUGAGGUUACUGCCAUAGCGAAUUCCAGACCAUUGAUACCCAUAUCAUAUGAUUCAGACUCACCAUUACUAUUAACACCAUCCAUGUUACUUACCCAGAAAUACAGAGGAAGUUUGCCCAUUUCCAGACUUUGGAAAGAAAGACCUUUUGAAACAUCAGUGGAAACAUGUACAAAUCUUGGCAGAAGAGUUCUGGCGCAAGUGGAAGACAGAGUACUUGCAUCUUCUUCAGUCUCGCAGAAAAUGGGAGUCAGAGAAACCAAACAUGACUGUUGGGACACUUGUUUUGAUGAAAGAUAG